AUGUUGCAGCUGCAUCUGCAGACGAAUGGCAUUGCCGAAGUGGAGGCACAGAGUAUUUGCUUGGAUUGGGACGAUGAAAUCCCGGGCUUGCCUACGGCUGCGACCAUGCGAAGAAUCAUUGCUCGAGAUCCAGUGUCCCAGGCUCGGUUUUUCCAUCUUAUGAUGAAGAUCUUUUUCGAAGAGCUGCUUGGCAUCGAGCCGACUUUUCAAAAGGAACGGUAUGCAGUUGGAUUUCCACGCUGCUUCGAAGAUGGCAUGGCAACUUCAUUGUAUGGUGGCAUCUUUGGUGAUAUUGCUGCUUUGUGCGGCCCGCUCGAAACGCAAGGACGUGGAUCCAUGCAUCCACAUAUCCUCAUCGUCUUGCUGGGUCAUGACCUCAUCAGUCGUGUGCACACCUUGAUGCGUCGCAUUGGACAUGGCGAGCUGGUGGUGGAACUGCAAAGGUGGAGUCGCAAAGUGUUGGAAGCUGCUGCGAAGAUUCGCUGGGACAGUCAAUUGGCUUUGUCCGAUUGCUUGAAUGUAGAAGGUACACCUUUGCCGUUUUCCGAAAAGCAACGCAGUGAGUGUGGCAAACAAUAUGCGGAGGGCAUGAGCAAUCCUGCAGCUCAAGUGGUCAUGCGAUGUAACGUGGAUGUGAAGUAUUUGGGUCGUGCAUUCGAUGCAGCUGAUUUGGAGAAAGUAGCAUCAGAAGUCGGUGGUUUGUCCGCACUGGAUCCUCAAGCAUUGCCUGAUACUGAUGCUGAGCCACAACAGUCUACAAGUGCCUCCAGUGUUGAUGUCCCAAUGCACGACGUCAAUUUGGACAGUGGAGAUGUCGAUGACAGCAUGCAAGUUGUUCGGGAACAGGUGAAAAAGCGGAAGACUGCCACCAUGAAUGCUUUGGGCCCUCACAAAGAUACUUCGCAGUUCUCGCAUACCAUGGAGCGGAUUGUGAUUGAUAUGUUUCGUGACAUGGAGGAUGUGCGGUUCUACACUGGUGAGUAUGCAAGUAAGAAAUUUGAGGUCUCCAGAAACUUGCUCCCUGAACUGUAUGCUGGUGUGCAGAAGUUGGAAACAGAAGAGACCGAGCGUCUCCAAAGUGCCAGCAUCGAAGAAGAUGCAACUGCGCCCCAGGCAGCGUCCUCUGCCAACCUGCCUGGGGGUCAGCAGCAGCACAGGGCACUCAGCAUCCUCCGACGCCUGGCUUUCGGCAUGCAGCGAUGCGUUGCAAAAUCCAACGGAGAGAUGGCGUACCAGCUUUUGUACGAACAGGAACAGUAUGUGACGUUUGGAGGGUACAACAUGUUCUUCCGCUACAUCCCCUAUGCAAUCAUGCAAUGCCGAUUGCAAGCACUCACGGAUGCGUCAGCCGACCAUCCUGAGUGCGCCGUGCCACCCCUCGAUGUCCCGCCUCCUGAUGCAGCGGCAGCCUUGCCCAUUCAGGAGGUGGCGGACAUCGAGGAGGAGGUGGACGGCAGGGGAAGCAAGAAGCAGCAACUGGCACACUUCAACCAGAAAGAUGACUUCUUGCAUCGCGGUUCCCAUCCACUGCUUCGUUCCAUGUCGCUGCUGAUGUAUUCCAGGUUUGUUCGACGUGUGGAUCGCUCCAAAGCAGGUCAGGCCGAUGGAUUGCAGUUCUUCGAGUUCGAUGCACACUAUCCACAUCACCGUUCUUCGCUGCAAGAGGUCCGACUUGCGGACAACAAUGUGGUCGUGCCAACCGACCUUCGUCUCCCGGCCGACCACGAGACAGAAAAGCUGGCUGCUUACAUGUUGGGCUUGACUUUUCCGUUCCCAACUUGCACCGGCGAUUGCAACAACUCGCAGCAUUGCUUCGCUUGUCAUGUCGUGGAAGUACAUGAAAGCCGUCGGGAGAUCACUGCACGAUUUACACCCGUUUGGCGGCAUUGGAAUGCCAGCAUGAAAGUUCGACAAGAAGCAGCGCAGACAAGAAUUUUGGCUGGUCUAUCCGUACCGGUGUUGCGAGAUGUUGUUGGUGCGCGAGCAUGGUACAGUGCAAAAGCAACUCCUGGACGUCGUUUGUUCGCCGACUUCAUGAAGAAGCUUGUGCAGCAACAUCUGGGUCGGGUCGAAAGCGUGUUUGUGGAUAUUCCCCGCAUUCAUGAGCUGAUCUGUAUGUAUUUGAAUGUCGAGCCACAGUCGCACUAUUCACAGUUGACUCCUUUGGAACACUUGCGCACUUUGCAGUUAUCGUGGUUGGAACGAUACAGGUUACACCAGGCGGCACGGCGACUCAGCAGCAGUCAACGUCGCGCCGAGCGCUUCGCCUACAUGAGCAAUGUUGACAUGGAAGAAGCCGAUCCAGAGGAGGAUGAGACGGGUGCGGUGGACAUUGAAGGCGAAGAUGCAGAUGAUGACAUGCAGCACGCAGAUGCAUUGGAACGCAUGGAGUGUGCUCCACAUCCAAUCCACAAAGACUCUCUGGCUGAUGCUUUGUUUCGUGAUCGUGAGUGGUAUGCUGUCAUGGCGAACUCCAAGGCGAAGGCGUUGAAAACUUCUCUGCAGAAGUUGAUGCAAUUUGUGAAUUGUUUGGGUGGCGUGCCCGAUGUCAAGCAUGGUAUGGGCAUCCGAAGCAAUGGCACGACUGAGCUGGAUCGGACAUGGAGUCACGCAGAUACUGGACGAAUUUUUGCGGCACAAAAGCAAUAUUUGGAAUACAUUGCCGGAGGCUAG